AUGGCUGCCCUGUCGACGGCCUCGAGGCUCGCCCUCCGCAAUGUUGCAUCACGCUCCGCGACCUCGAGCUUCGGCUUCAAUGCUGCGCGCACAUACGCUACCGCUGGCAAGAACGCUUCCCUCAAAGAGACCUUCGCCGCCAGCCUCCCCGAGAAGCAAGAGCAGAUCAAGAAGCUCCGGAAAGACCACGGCAACAAGGUGCUCGGAGAGGUCACUCUCGACCAAGUCUAUGGCGGCGCCCGUGGCAUCAAGUCGCUAGUCUGGGAAGGCUCCGUCCUCGACAGCGAGGAGGGCAUCCGUUUCCGUGGCCGCACCAUCCCGGAAUGCCAGGAGCAGCUCCCCAAAGCUCCAGGUGGCUCUGAGCCUCUCCCAGAAGGUCUCUUCUGGCUCCUCCUGACCGGCGAAGUCCCGACCGAACAGCAAGUCCGCGACCUCUCCGCCGAGUGGGCUGCGCGCGCUGAGGUCCCAUCCUUCAUCACCGAGCUCAUCGACCGCUGCCCCAGCGAUCUUCACCCAAUGGCGCAGUUCUCCCUCGCCGUAACCGCCCUCGAGCACGAGUCUGCCUUCGCCAAGGCCUACGCCCGCGGCAUGAAGAAGACGGAGUACUGGGAGCACACCUUCGAGGACAGCAUGGACACCAUUGCCAAGCUGCCCACCAUCGCCGCGCGCAUCUACCGCAACGUCUUCAAGGACGGCAAGGUGCCCGCUGUGCAAAAGGACAAGGACUACGGCUACAACCUGGCGAACCAGCUCGGCUUCGCCGACAACACCGACUUCGUCGAGCUCAUGCGCCUCUACCUCACCAUCCACUCCGACCACGAGGGCGGCAACGUGUCAGCCCAUACCACCCACCUCGUCGGCUCUGCCCUUUCCUCGCCCAUGCUCUCCCUCUCCGCCGGCCUGAACGGUCUCGCCGGCCCUCUCCACGGCCUCGCCAACCAGGAAGUCCUCAACUGGCUCCAAGAGAUGAAGAAGUCGGUCGGCUCCGAUCUCAGCGACGAGAACAUCAGCAAAUACCUCUGGGACACUCUCAAAUCCGGCCGUGUCGUACCCGGCUACGGCCACGCCGUCCUGCGCAAGACGGACCCCCGCUACGUCAGCCAGCGCGAGUUCGCGCUCAAGCACCUGCCCGACGACCCGAUGUUCAAGCUGGUCAGCCAGGUGUACAAGAUCGCGCCUGGUGUCCUCACCGAGCACGGCAAGACGAAGAACCCGUACCCGAACGUGGACGCGCACUCGGGCGUGCUGCUGCAGUACUACGGCCUGACGGAGCAGAACUUCUACACGGUGUUGUUCGGUGUCAGCCGAGCGAUUGGCGUGCUGCCGCAGCUGAUCAUUGAUCGCGCGGUGGGCAUGCCGAUUGAGCGGCCCAAGAGCUUCUCGACGGAGGCGUAUGCGAAGCUUGUCGGGGCAAAUGUUUGA